UCCGGCGUGAUAUCGGGGAGGACAGAAUCGUGAUUGUUAGCAGCAGGGUUCCGGGGUCGGAGCCAGAAGCGGAGACUGGACUGGAAAACGUUCCCCGAAGUUGGGGGCCUCUGGAGACAAGGGGGUACCGUGAAGGAGAUAAAUGGAAGCAGUUCAACUAAGAUCUAUUAGAUAAACAUCCGCUAAGCACCUACUCUUUGCCAGGCGCUUUGGUAGGCGCAGAGAUAACAAAAAGAGGCGAAAGACAGUGCCUGCCAUCAAGGAGCUUACAGUCGAAUGGGCUUGGGAGCGGAGCCAGGGAUGGGCCUUGGAUGAGCCAAGAGAUCGGGGUGUGAGCAGGCACUCCCGAGGCCGGAGCCGAGGUGUCCGCCGCACCCGGACGUUCCAGCAUCAGAUCAAACCGUACCUUAAAGGAAAGCCUUCUUCCAUCAUUUAACUUUUUCUUUGGCUUCUGCCUUUCUUGUCAUUUGGGAGAUCUUCUCAACUUCCAUUAGGGAGAGGCAACAGACACUUUUUUUAAAAACAUUUUUAAUUUUAAUCAUUAGGUCUAGUUUCCCAGUAUUGGGACUUCAUAGCACCAUGACUCAGGCAGAAAUUAAACUAUGUUCCUUGCUGCUCCAAGAGCAUUUUGGAGAGAUAGUGGAUAAAAUUGGAACUCAUCUUAUCAGGACAGGCAGCCAACCAUUGAGAGCGAUCGUCCACGACACCGGGACAUCGCUAGAUCAGGUAAAAAAGGCCCUUUGUGUCCUUAUCCAACAUAACCUGGUGACGUACCAGAUACACAAACGGGGGAUUGUGGAAUAUGAGGCCCACUGCAGCCGGAUUCUGCGCAUCCUCAGGUAUCCCCGCUACAUCUAUACAGCCAAGACUUUGUACAGUGACACGGGAGAACUGAUUGUUGAGGAACUGCUGCUCAACGGGAAGAUGACCAUGUCAGCCGUGGUGAAGAAGGUGGCCGACCGACUCACUGAGACCAUGGAGGAUGGGAAAACCAUGGACUACUCAGAGGUAUCUAGCACAUUUUGCCGUUUAGCAGACACACAUUUUGUACAGCGAUGUCCCCUUGUUCCUGAUACCCCAGAAAGUGCCGAUGCUCAGCCACCACCGCCUGCCCCGACACUCAGCAUUAAUGAGAAGGACAUGUACCUGGUUCCCAAAUUGAACCUUAUAGGAAAAGGAAAGAGGAGACGAUCAUCUGAUGACGAUGCAGUGGGGGAGCCCAGGCCUAAGCGGCCCAAACAGACAGCAGAGAGCAAAGAGCCCACUCCAGAUGAUGGCAUUUACUGGCAAGCCAACCUUGACAGAUUCCACCAGCAUUUCCGGGACCAGUCUAUUGUGAGCGCAGUGGCCAACAGAAUGGAUCAGACCAGCAGCGAGAUUGUUCGGACCAUGCUCCGAAUGAGUGAGAUCACCACUUCCUCCUGUGCUCCCUUUACCCAGCCCCUGUCUUCGAAUGAGAUCUUCAGAUCUCUCCCCGUUGGAUAUAACAUCUCUAAGCAAGUCCUUGAUCAGUAUCUGACUCUGCUGGCAGAUGACCCACUGGAGUUCGUCGGCAAGUCAGGCGACAGUGGCGGAGGAAUGUAUGUCAUCAACCUCCACAAGGCAUUGGCAUCACUGGCCAUGGCAACGCUGGAGUCCAUCGUGCAGGAAAGAUUUGGGUCUCGCUGUGCCAGGAUAUUCCGGCUGGUUUUGCGGAAAAAGCACCUGGAGCAGAAACAGGUGGAAGAUUUUGCCAUGAUUCCCGCUAAAGAAGCAAAGGACAUGCUGUACAAGCUGCUGUCGGAAAACCUCAUCUCCUUACAGGAGAUCCCCAAAACACCAGACCAUGCGCCCUCUCGGACCUUCUACCUGUAUACGGUUAAUUCCCUGUCUGCCGCUCGCAUGCUGCUGCGCCGCUGCUACAAGAGCAUCGCCAACCUGAUAGAAAGGCGGCAGUUUGAGACCAAAGAGAACAAGCGGCUACUGGAGAAGUCCCAGCGGGUGGAGGCCAUCCUCGCGUCCAUGCAGGCCACGGGGGCCGAAGAGGCCCAGCUCCAGGAGAUCGAGGAGAUGAUCACGGCACCUGAACGCCAGCAGCUGGAGAGUCUAAAACGCAACGUCAACAAGUUAGACGCCAGUGAGAUCCAAGUGGAUGAAACCAUUUUUGUGCUGGAGUCAUACACAGAGAGCACCAUGAAAAGAGCCUGACUCAAUGGGAAUAAAAGGAGUGAUGGGUCUGUUCUUCCUGCAGGACGAGGAA